CAUUUUUGAUUUCUUUUACUUAUUUGAUUCCUUAAAAAAAAAAAUUAUUGGAAUUUUAUUUCUAUACCAUUCAAAAAUAACAUAAAAUAUAAAUGUACAAAUACAUAUAUAUGUAUAAUAUAUAGAUAUAUGUAAUUAAUGGACACACCUGUUGACUAUAAAAGGAGAUGUUUUGAUGCUGAUAAGUUCAUUUAUGAUUUAACAGUGUUUGAAAAAGCAUUUAAAUUUCUAAUACCAUAAUACUUUUUAAUAAAUAUAUAUGUAUAUAUAUAUAUAAAAAUUAAAGAAAAUUAAUAAAGGAAAAACUAGAAGGACAAAUAUUAAUUAUAAUACAAAAUCCAGUAAUAUUUAAUUUAAAUAUUUAAAAACAAUUGAAAUAAAAAUUAAAAUAAUAAAAAUUUAAUUAUUAUUUUUUCAAAAAGUGCAUUUUAAUAUCCAAAAAAAAAUAAUAUAUAUAUAUAUAUAUUAAAAAAAUAUAUGAUAUAUUUUUUAUAUAUUGAAAAACAAUUGAAUAUUUAAAAAAAUUUGUAAAAAAAUUAAAAAUAUUGCAUCAGAAAAAUAAUUUUAUUUCAAAGGUUAUAAGAAGAAUUCAUAACCUCACCGGAAGACUUGGAAAAAAAAACCAGAUUUUAAAAAGGAUAAUUUUAUAAAAAUAUACUUUUCAUCAUGACUACACAAAAAUUUACAUAUUUAAUGGUAUUUUUAAUAUUUGUAAUAUUUUUAAAUAAUUUCAAUGUUGAAUGCCGGCCAAAUUAUAAUCAAAACAGACAAUUAAUUGAACAAAUAAUGCAACCAGAUUACUCUCAAUCAGAUCAAGAAAAUACACAAGAUUAUUUCGAUAAAAUGGCUCAAAUAUCUGAAAAUGAUCCAAAUUUUUUAUCAAAUUGGCCAUAUUUACGUGAAUUAUUAAAAUUAAAAGAACUAUCUUCAAAGGAUUCAAUUCAAUAUGAAAUGAUACCAACACCACAGCCAUUACAACAAAUUCAACCACAGCCAAAUCGAAAUUUAAUAAAAGAUUCGGCACAAAAGAAGAAUUCAAAUUAUAUGCACGCUUGCCAUUUCAAAAUUUGUAACAUGGGUAGAAAACGCAACGUAAGAUAUGAUUAUUAAAUGCAGCAAAAAGAAGAAAGAGGACAACAAAAAUUAAAAGAACAACCAUUUUGAAUUGUUUUUCUUCACGUGUACUUUAAAUUUAAAUACUUGUAAUCUGAAAAAUAAAUUGAACAAUAUACAUACAUAUAUACACAUAAUUAUAGAAAAAGAUUUUAGAAAUAUAGAUUUCUUUUUCUAUAUUUCUUAUAUAGAAAAAGAAAUCUUUACAACCCUAAAAUUAUUAUUAUCGAAAAACUAAAUUAUUUGUCAUUGAAUAUUAUUAUAUCGUAUGGCUAUGCUGAUAAAUUUAGU